CGGACAGGCGCACCGGAAGCUGUGGGGGCUGCGCCUGCGCAGUGUGUCGCCGCGAGUCGAGACCGCGAGAGGCGGAGGCCUGGUAGGGCUGCGGUGAUCCCGCUGGUUUGGUGGGCGCGCCCGGCAGGAUGCCCGAGAUCAGAGUCACUCCCCUGGGGGCCGGCCAGGAUGUGGGCCGAAGCUGUAUCCUCGUUUCCAUUGCGGGCAAGAACGUCAUGCUGGACUGCGGGAUGCAUAUGGGUUUCAACGAUGAUAGGCGCUUCCCUGACUUUUCCUACAUCACUCGCAACGGCCGGCUGACCGACUUCCUGGACUGUGUGAUCAUCAGCCACUUCCACCUGGACCACUGCGGGGCGCUCCCCUACUUCAGCGAGAUGGUGGGCUACGACGGUCCUGUCUACAUGACCCCCCCCACCCAGGCCAUCUGUCCCAUUCUGCUGGAAGACUACCGCAAGAUCGCUGUGGACAAGAAGGGCGAGGCCAACUUCUUCACCUCCCAGAUGAUCAAAGACUGCAUGAAGAAGGUGGUGGCCGUCCGCCUCCAUCAGACAGUCCAGGUGGAUGAUGAGCUGGAAAUCAAGGCCUACUAUGCAGGCCACGUGCUGGGGGCAGCCAUGUUCCAGAUUAAAGUGGGCUCAGAGUCUGUGGUCUACACGGGUGAUUAUAACAUGACCCCGGACCGGCAUCUGGGGGCCGCCUGGAUUGACAGAUGCCGCCCCAGCUUGCUCAUCACAGAGUCCACAUACGCCACGACCAUCCGUGACUCCAAGCGCUGCCGGGAGCGAGACUUCCUGAAGAAGGUCCAUGAGACUGUGGAGCGUGGCGGGAAAGUGCUCAUCCCUGUGUUUGCGCUGGGACGUGCCCAGGAGCUCUGCAUCCUGCUGGAGACCUUCUGGGAGCGUAUGAACCUGAAGGCCCCCAUCUACUUCUCCACGGGCCUGACAGAGAAGGCGAACCACUAUUACAAGCUCUUUAUUACCUGGACCAACCAGAAGAUCCGCAAAACCUUUGUCCAGAGGAACAUGUUUGAGUUCAAGCACAUCAAGGCCUUCGACCGAGCCUUUGCUGACAACCCGGGUCCGAUGGUCGUGUUUGCCACUCCAGGGAUGCUCCAUGCCGGCCAGUCCCUGCAGAUCUUUCGCAAGUGGGCAGGGAAUGAGAAGAACAUGGUCAUUAUGCCUGGCUACUGCGUGCAGGGCACUGUGGGCCACAAAAUCCUCAGCGGGCAGCGCAAGCUAGAGAUGGAGGGGCGGCAGGUGCUGGAGGUCAAGAUGCAGGUGGAGUACAUGUCCUUCAGUGCCCACGCCGAUGCCAAGGGCAUCAUGCAGCUGGUGGGCCAGGCGGAGCCUGAGAACGUGCUUUUGGUACACGGGGAGGCCAAGAAGAUGGAGUUCCUAAAGCAGAAGAUCGAGCAGGAGUUCCGGGUCAGCUGCUACAUGCCAGCCAAUGGUGAGACGGUGACACUGCCCACGAGCCCCAGCAUCCCUGUGGGCAUCUCGCUGGGGCUGCUGAAACGGGAGAUGGCACAGGGACUGCAUCCUGAUGCAAAAAAGCCCAGACUCCUGCAUGGCACCCUGAUCAUGAAGGACAGUAACUUCCGGCUAGUGUCCUCAGAACAAGCCCUCAAAGAGCUGGGCUUGGCCGAACACCAGCUGCGCUUCACCUGCCGUGUGCACCUGCAUGACACGCGAAAGGAGCAGGAGAUGGCCUCGCGUGUCUACAGCCACCUGAAGAGCACCCUCAAGGACCACUGCGUUCAGCACCUCCCUGAUGGCUCUGUGACCGUGGAGUCCAUCCUCAUUCAGGCCGCAGCCCACUCAGAGGACCCUGGCACCAAGGUGCUGCUGGUCUCCUGGACCUACCAGGAUGAAGAGCUAGGAAGCCACCUCACGUCGCUGCUCAAGAAGGGCCUGCCCCAGACCCCCAGCUGAGGCCAGUUGGCCCCCAGUCCAAGGGGACUGGCCUUCAGGCCAGGACUGUUUGUGCUCCGGCUCUUCCAUCUGUAUCCCCAGCUGUGGAGCCCACAGCCGGGUCUUUGGGGACAAGACCACAGUGACACAUGCCUGCCCAAGUGGCCCUCUGCGGCUGGAGAAGCAGUCAGGCCUGGGAGCCUUUUCACCUUUUAUUUCUACCCUGAGCCCACAGAAGAUGUGUGGGCGCUCUGGGGGCAUCACUUCUAGUAAAACCAAAGGCUGAGUGCCCCUGUC